AUGUUUUUGUAUGUUGCAGGUGGCGUAACACUCACCGAACUUCGAGUGCCGACUUCCGUGAUGGCCAGCAUAAAAAAUGGAGUCGUGCUUGAUUGCUUGUAUACACUACGUCCGAAUUCCAUUGGGUUAGUGGUCGCCUGGUAUUUCAACAACAGCGCCAGACCGGUUUAUCAGUGGAUUCCUGGACAGAAACCUUUGAGCAUCGGCGUGUUCCGUCACCGUGCCAAUCUCGACUACAAGGUGUCUGACGACAACGAUACCAUGCACAGGGCCUUGCACAUAAUCAAUCCGACCAUCGAGCUGUCCGGCGACUACAGGUGCGUCGUGUCUACGUACCAUGAUGAAGAUUUCAUGAUCAAAAGGAUGAUCGUCUACUGUGAGUACCUGCAUAGCUUUGUAGUCAACAUACUAAAUGCAAUAUUAUAA